GCAACUGGACAGCACAGAGAUCCCUAAAGAAAACCUGCUCUAUGUAAAAAAAAAAAAAAACACAAGCUUCUGUGAUUCUUGACUUGUGACGUGCCAGGUGUUAGCAUUUUAGUACAGAUGUUUAUGUUGCGUGUGACACGGAGGAAAGUUGUAAUUGAUAAGUUCUCUCUCUCUCUUUCUCUCUCGGUGCUACGGGUCUACGGGUGGCACUGCUUGUGUGUGAAUCAGAGGCGGUUUUAAUGGUUAAGAUGAUGCACAGACGUGAAGUUUUGGCUGGCUGUGCGAAUCAAUGCACCUCGGUGCAGUGUCAUGUAGAGGAUUUAGGAACGAGUCAUAGUUCGUGGCUGGAAGAACAUUAAAAAAAACAAAAAAAAAAACUGGUGCCUGCAGAUGAAAUAGUGCUUGAGAGUUAGUGUUGGGAAAUGUCGCAAAAAGUGUCUGGAAAGUAUGAAAGAGCACCGGUCACCAACACUCUCAGCAUGCUGAUGGCUCUGCUUCAGACAGUCCAGCGCAUGAUCAGCCAGUGGCUGAGGAAUUCACCUCAGGUGUCCCCUUGUUGUCUCUGACCACCCCGCACCACAUUAUUAAUGUUUCACCUAUAAUCCAAAUAAAUAAAUAAAUGAAUAAAUAAACGUAAGAAGGGAGACAAAGAUGCGUCCCUAUCAUCACCAUGUCUCCUUCUGCUGUUGUUGAAUCUCUGCCGUUUCCUCAGUGCUGGGAGGAGAACGGGAGCAGACCACACUAACGCGCUCCGACGUCUUAAAACGAUGGACAGCGGAGGCAGGAGUGGAUCGUCCACGCACUAUCUGCAUUUAAAUCUCAUAUAAAGCUGAUGACAUUUGCACCGUCGUAACUGAGGCCAGCCACAUAUCUUGACAUUUGUUUUCUUCUUCUUUUUUUUUCUUUCUUCUUCUUUUUUUUUUUUUUUUUUUUUUCCUAUCACAGAAGUAUAGCCCGGUCUGACGUCUGCAUCAGAUAUUACCGACUGCUUUUUCAAUGUGCAUUUCCCUCAGUGACUUUGCACUGAUCUACAUCAUCAGCAGCGGCAGCAGCAACGGCAGCAGCAGCAGCUCCAACAGCAGCGCCAACACAGAGAGGGGAGCAAAGAAAAGGGGGGGAUCUUUCAUUUUUUCUCCUUCGAGAACCCCACUUCAGCUCCCCUUCAGCGUUUCUAGCUUUGACAAAUAUCUUUCAGCAAGAUCACGUUGUGGAAUAGUCUGGCGCCACAGCAGCAGCAGCAACAGAAGCAGCAGCAGCAGCAGCAGCAUCGCUGGAACCAUGCCUCUUCUGCAGAUUUGGACUGGGAAAUUUCAUCCACCGAUUUGAUCGCUGAGAGGCUGCUGCUCACUCGUCCAUACCAUCGUUUGAUUUGAUUUAUUUGAUUUAUUUUUUUUUUAGACAGAGAGAAAAUACUCGUCUCCACUUUCCACUGAUUCUCUGUGUUUAUAGGCUGCUUUCUUUUAAACAAGAUGUCUGAUCUUGUGGUGUUGGUAGAGGGGCUCUGUGACCUGCACGGAUUUCCAUAGCUGGAGAAAACAGCAGGGGCCAAUUAUUAGACUUGUAAAUUCAAUCGAGAACCGUGUGUUUAAAAUGAAGACGUCGCACGCCUAGAUGGCUGCUCUCUUCGACAGUUUUCUUUUAACCAAAAAAGGCAAUUAAUAUUUAGUUUGAUUGCCUUCUUUUUUUUUUCCUUUUUCUCUUUUUUUUUUUUUACUUUGUGCAUUUCUUUUGGGAGGACCACUGGACUGGUUGGAUUAUAGAAACAACAUCCAAGGAUUUGUGGAGAUGUUGGGUCGUCAAGAAGAUAAAUUAUGUGGAAUUUUCUCAGCUCUGGCGGCUUUGUCCUUUCUAUGCUUUAUUCAAAGCUCCAACACUGGAAACACCGGAAUGUCUGUGGCCAAGACCACUGUGGACAAAUUGCUGAAGGGAUAUGACAUUCGUUUAAGGCCUGAUUUUGGAGGUCCUCCAGUCAUCGUAGGAAUGAGCAUCAACAUAGCAAGCAUCGACUCCAUUUCAGAAGUAAACAUGGAUUACACCAUCACAAUGUAUUUCCAGCAGAGCUGGCGAGAUAAACGUUUGGCCUACGGCGAGCUGAACCUAAACCUGACUCUGGACAACCGUGUAGCAGACCAGCUGUGGCUCCCUGACACCUACUUCUUGAAUGACAAGAAGUCCUUUCUUCAUGGUGUGACUGUCAAGAACCGUAUGAUCCGACUUCACCCAGACGGCACUGUCUUGUAUGGGCUACGAAUAACUACCACUGCUGCUUGUAUGAUGGACCUGAGGAGGUACCCUCUGGAUGAACAGAACUGCACGUUGGAAAUUGAAAGUUAUGGAUACACCACGGAUGACAUUGUGUUCUUCUGGCAAGGAGACGACAAUGCUGUGACGGGUGUGGACAAGUUAGAGUUACCUCAGUUCUCCAUCGUCGACACCCGCUUGGUCUCUAAAGAGGUCGCCUUUACUACAGGUUCAUACCCAAGGCUUUCCCUUAGUUUCCGAAUUAAGAGGAACAUCGGAUAUUUCAUCUUGCAGACAUACAUGCCCUCUAUCUUGAUCACCAUCCUCUCCUGGGUCUCCUUCUGGAUUAAUUAUGAUGCCUCUGCAGCAAGGGUGGCCCUGGGUGUGACAACGGUGCUUACUAUGACAACAAUUAACACCCACCUUAGGGAGACUCUCCCAAAGAUUCCAUAUGUGAAAGCCAUCGACGUCUACCUCAUGGGCUGUUUUGUGUUUGUGUUCCUGGCCCUGCUUGAAUAUGCCUUUGUAAAUUACGUGUUCUUUGGCCGAGGCCCUGCGCAACAGAAGAAACUCAGCGAGAGGCUGGGCAAAUCCAACAACGAGCGCUCAAGAUAUGAAGAGAAACGCCUAAGGGAACAGGACUCCAUUUCAGCGCCGUUUCAAACCAACACCUUCAGGUCAUUUACACAGAGAAGAAAUCUGUAUCUCGAGGAACAAAGAAAAGUUGGGGUGGAUGCCUAUGGAAACAUCCUCCUCACAACACUUGAGAUGAACAACGAAGUGAUGCCUUCAGACGUGGGGAGCAGCGUCAGUGACUCUAGGAAUUCUGUCAUGUCCUUUGACAGCUCCGGGGUCCAGUUCAGGAAGCCCAUGGCGCCCCGCGAUGGCUUCAGCCACCACUCGCUGGAUCGGAGCACCAUGCGUAGCCGGGCCAACUGUCGACUACGACGACGCUCCUCCAAGCUCAAGUUGAAAAUCCCCAACCUGACAGAUGUUAGCACCAUUGACAAGUGGUCCCGUGUCAUUUUCCCCAUCACCUUUGGAUUUUUCAACCUAAUUUACUGGUUGUACUAUGUGAAUUGAUGUGCAUCCCACUAGGAAUCAUGGGCCAUAUUUUGAGAGCACAUUAAAUUGGCUUUGAUACAUUUCCAAAAUAUGUAUACACAUAUACAAAUUGAACAUAUGUAUAUGCAUAUUUCUAUAUAUUAUAUUUAUAUAUACACGUGUGAAAUCUGAAGGACCUUUCCGAUGUACAAAAAAAAAUUAAUAGGAUGACUUGAAUGUUUAAGAGUAAUUGUGAAGACAAAAAAAAAAAAAAAAAACAAUUUUUAGGCUUUCAGUUUCUUUUCCUCCGGAAACGAACAAACACAAGAUCCCACCUGGGAUUUUUGGAACUAAAGACAUGCAUGAUAUUUUUGCUAAAAAAUUUGAAGGAAAAAAAAGAGAAGAUGAAAGCUCUAGAGACCGAAAAAGAUUUCUCAGAGUCCCAUUGACUUUUAUUGAUACUUAUUGUAUUCGGGGGGAAAAAAAAAAAAUCCUCUACUAUACUGCAGCUCAUGAAGUCUGUGGUGGCUCGUGCAAGCAUCAGCUGAGUGAGAGAGAUUCUUUGCACCACCACCCUCCUCUACCCUUUUUCCUUCCCUCGUCGUUCUCACCAAACUCAAAUCCCCCCAGUGUACACACGCACACACACACACACACAAACACACCAUUACCCAUGGAUAACAGGCACGGAAACCUCCAGCUCCACUAUGUACAGCAACCUUGUUUGGAUUAUGUGUUGUUCCUUGGGUUUGUUGACGUGAUAUUCUUCUCUUUAUCAGACAUCAACUGCAGCCUAAUGGUCUCCAUUAGAGAGCCAUUGCAGAAUGGAAGGCUUGACCGCGUCAUUUCUGCACAGAGUCAACGCAAACUCACGUUUCUUUCUCUUACUCAUGUCCUUUUUGGAGACGCGUCCUCGGAGCUGGAGUCGGGGCUCAUAAAUGCUGAAUAUUGUAGAUAUAAUUUAUUCUUUGAGAAAAAAAAAAAUAUACUGUGAUUUCAUCAAGUGUCAGAACAUGUUCUAGAGCUGGGGCAUUAUUUGGUAAAUGGGUCGAAGGUGUGCAUUAAUCAUUCUGUACAUUUUAUCAUCAUACAGUAUUCCCAUACAAGUAUACUUGUACGUUUCUUUCCUACCUAUCAAUUGAUUCACACGCUUUUAGAUGCAGAGUUCAUUGAGAACAUAUCUUUCUUUGUGUUUGAUCCAAAAGAAAAAAAAAAAAGAGAAAAAAAAGGAGGUUUCGAUGUUGUGAUUCGUUUUGAAAUUUUUAUCCGCGGUGAAGAUGUGAGAACAUGUACAUUCAAAAGAGUCAAUGUAGCCACUCGCAGUUUGGCCAGUUGUGUUUCACUAUAGAGUAUUUAUGUUUGUUUGACAUAUCUUCAGUGUUAGGGUCCGAUUCUGAAGGCAGGAUCACAUGAUUGGUUGAGCUCGGCCUGGGCAGAGGAUGUGAAAAAAAAAGAAAGAAAAUGAUUUGUAUUGCAAGACUAAAUCAGUGCCAUUCUUCAAAUGUUCCCAGCCGCGCUGACUGGUUCCCUCAGCUGAAGUACACACAAUGUUCAAUGUUGAUGACCAUGCAAUAGCCAUGAAUUCAAAUAGAGUCCAAACGGUCUUUGAUUUAUCAAACACAUUUGCUUUAUUUCACUCUCAGUUCUAUCAAAUGCUCACUUCACUUGCUAACAAAUAUGAAGACUCGAAAGCUUUUCAUUUAUCAUCACAAAGGAUGAAGGUUUCACGGUAGUUAAAUCUUAACAUGAUCUAGUUAAAGGUCCAGUGUGUAAAAUAAUGACGUCAUGGUUAGUCUGAAGGUUUCUAACCCUUGCUCUACCAACUCCUCUCUCUUGACUUCUAAUUUUUAGCUCUCGCAUUAAAUGAAUGUUUAAUUUAUUUUCUCAUACUUAAUUCUUUUUAGGGUUGCUGAAGGACCGGAACCAAAGCUAGUGGCCAUCUGCAAAGAUAGAGUACGAUCUGGACAGUUCAGUCAGUCCAACAAAGCGUUUCAAAUAUAGGUAUGGCUCGAUGCAACUCUUUCAUGUCCGAUACCAAUACUGCAAUUUGGAGUAUCUGUCGAUAACCAUGUCAAUCUAAUACCUUCUUUUGUCCUCUAGAAUCGCACGGUUGCUGUUGCUGAGGCUAUAGUGUCCCCGUUCACGGCAUGUGGCUCAAAGUAAAGUUGAUUUGGGCUUAGCUAUUAGCUCAGGUUUUUUUUUUGGUUUUUUUUUCCCCAAUGUUCGAUCCGGACGUUUUGACCAAUAUUGGACCGUUACCGAUCCAGAGUAUCGGAUGGAGCCAUCCCUAGAAAUGACAUUCACUUAUACAAUCUUGCCAAAAGUCAAUUAUAUAUAAAAGA